AUGAGCACACCAGUCAGUGAGAAAAAAGGUGCACCGCCAAAACUAAAUAAAUUCCAUCUAAUAUCAAUUUUUGCUGCUUCAAUAUUUCUAAUUAUUAUUACGGAUACUGUACUUGGACUUAUAUUAUCACAAUCACAUUCUGAUGACAGUGAGUUCCAAAAUUCAAAAAAAAAUGAAAGUGUUUAUUUCAGAAACUGUUGAUUCUAUGACUGAGGCUAUUCAAAAAUUGCCAGAUUUUGCGAAAGACGAGGCAUUUUCUGAAUUACCGACGGACUUGUGCCUUUAA